UGGGGCCCCUGACAGUAGUGCCCAGCAGCCAGCAGCCCAGCUCCCACCUGCCCCAGCCCUGGGAAGAACGCAGCCACCAUGCGCAUCCCUGAAAGCCUCCAGGACCUGGCCAACAGUGAAGCCGUGCAGUUUCUGAAGAGGCCCAAGACCAUAGCCCGGAUCUUCGCAGGGGUCUUCUCCCUCAUCGUCUUCUCCUCCCUGCUGACCGAUGGCUACCAGAACAAGAUGGAAUCUCCACAGCUCCGCUGUGUCCUCAACAGCAACAACGUGGCCUGCCUCUUUGCGGUGGGAGCCGGCUUCCUGGCCUUCCUCAGCUGUCUGGCCUUUCUCGUGCUGGACGCCCAGGAGAGCCGCAUCACUGUCACUCGCUUCAAAACGGCCUUCCAGCUCUUAGACUUCAGCCUGGCUGUUCUCUGGGCAGGCAUCUGGUUCGUGGGAUUCUGCUUCCUUGCCAACCAGUGGCAGCAUUCAACACCCAAACAGUUCCUCCUGGGGAGCAGCAGUGCCAAGGCGGCCAUCACCUUCAGUUUCUUCUCCAUCCUUGUCUGGAUAUUCCAGGCUUACCUGGCAUUCCAGGAUCUCCGAAAUGAUACUCCAGUCCCCUACAAGCGCUCUCUUGAUGAGGGUGGUGUAGUGCUGACCACCCUCUCCCCACCCUCUGCUGCCAGCCCUGUCAACACUCCCACCACUGACCCCAACAGCCUGAGUUACACCAGCUCUGCCCUCUCCCCCUAUCUGACCACUCCGAAGGCUCCCCGGCUUGCUAUGAUGCCCGACAACUAAACAUCCUUAUCUACAGCAAUAAAGAGAUAAUCCUCCCUCCAGAAGGUUUCU